UUAAAAAAUAAAAAAACCUCGAGUGCUGGAAUGCAUUUCUUGAUGCCUAUAAAAUCAUCUCGGUCUUUACUUCCACGCAAUCUCUCCCUUCUUCUUUCCUUGUGGAGCUGAUAAAUCCAUCUCAAGGCUCAAGCAUAACUGGCAAGAACUCAAAAUCCCAAGUUACAAAAUACGCAAGAAAAUUUAAGUUCCAAAAUGAGACCAGCACCACUAGAAGCAGAAGCAGCGGCGGCGGCAGCAGAAGCAGCGAACAUCAGUCAUCUAUCUCCACCACCACUCCAUUCUAGAGCUCCAUCAUGUGAUCCUCAAGUUCAUAGCUGCAAAUGGUGGCCUUACUCAAACUCAAAUGAUUUUGGAGCCAACACAGCUAUGAUCCUCAUCAUUCUCCUCUGUGCGCUCAUUUGUGCUUUGGUUCUCAACACAACUAUUCGAUGGUUCUUGCGAAGCAAUAACAACAACUCAUCAGACCGCCUUGGCGAACUUGAGGAGCAGAGGAAACCCAAAGAUGAGGCAGACAUGGAAACGCUAGUGCUGGCUACGACACAGGUGUAUUCUGCUGGAAUGAAGCUUGGUGGGGUGGAGGCAGAUUGCGCUAUUUGCUUGUCAGAAUUCGUGGAGGGUGAGGGGAUUCGGGUGUUAGGGAGAUGUGACCAUGGAUUCCAUGUCCUUUGUAUAGAAAAAUGGUUGUCUUCUCAUUCUUCCUGUCCUACUUGCCGCCGUAGUUGUCUUGCUUCCUCCUCCACUUCACCAGAACCUGACAAUUGUGGCGCAGGAAAUGGCCACGAUAGCAACUCUUCUCAAUCAGCAGAACCUGAAAGAGCUGCAGACAAUCUGAACACUAAUGGAAACAUACCCGUGUAGCUGGUUCUUACAAAGGACAGAUUUUUGGUUUUGUUUUCUUCUUCUGAUUCUGUAAUCUUCAGCUGCAUAUUUCUGCAUUUAAUCUCCUUCCCUUUCACAUUCCAAUCCCACCCAUUUGAUUUAGAAACCUCUGAAACAUUACAAUCUCUCAGUAAGAAUUACAAAGGCCAUGAUCAUGUAAGAUAGCUCUUAAAGAAAAUUCCAGUAAAUGGGAUUUCCUUCGUUUAUGGUAAGGACACCAAACAUGAAUCUUAUGUAGAACCAAAGCUAACAUAGCUCAACUGAUGUGCAUAUCCUUCUCCCCUUUAAAGGCCUCAAAUUCGAACCCAUGUCAAUACAGAGUAGUUGAGAUACUUAUUAUCCAAUAAAACUUGUAUGAUGUUGAGUUCUUCAAA